UGUAAUUAUCGAAUGAGUAUCAUUUUCUUGUAGAUAAUUUUACAUGUGAAUAUCGUUGUCGACUUAAAAUUAAAAAUACAAAUACAUAAAUUAUAUUAAAUAAAAAAUAAAACAAAAGAGGAAUAAAGACAGCAAAUGUAGGGUCAAUAUAAACGUAUCCUCGUCUCUUUACAUUGUAGCUUCUCCUCUCUUCUCCUUUCUCAUUACCAAAAAGAAAAGAUGGUUCUGAGUCGAACAGCCACGGAAAGUAAUGAGAAUGUUUGCUCCACGUUCGGAUCUCGCUAUGUUCGCGCUGCACUUCCCAAGUAUGAGAUUGGUGAGAGUUCGAUACCAAAGGAUGCUGCGUAUCAGAUCAUCAAAGACGAGCUUAUGCUUGAUGGUAACCCGAGGCUGAAUCUUGCUUCGUUCGUGACCACAUGGAUGGAGCCAGAGUGUGACAAACUCAUUAUGGAAUCCAUCAACAAGAACUACGUAGACAUGGACGAGUACCCUGUCACCACUGAGCUCCAGAACCGAUGUGUAAACAUAAUAGCUCGACUAUUCAAUGCGCCGCUUGAGGAAACUGAGACAGCUGUGGGAGUAGGGACAGUGGGGUCUUCGGAAGCUAUCAUGUUAGCCGGAUUGGCCUUCAAAAGGAAUUGGCAGAACAAACGCAAAGCCGAGGGUAAACCCUAUGACAAACCCAACAUUGUCACCGGAGCCAAUGUUCAAGUGUGCUGGGAGAAAUUUGCUAGGUACUUUGAGGUGGAGCUCAAAGAAGUGAAACUAAGUGAAGGUUACUAUGUGAUGGACCCAGAAAAAGCAGCAGAAAUGGUAGAUGAGAACACAAUCUGUGUCGCUGCCAUUCUCGGGUCCACCCUCAACGGUGAGUUCGAAGACGUCAAGCGUCUUAACGACUUGCUUGUCAAGAAAAAUGAAGAGACUGGUUGGAACACACCGAUCCACGUUGACGCGGCAAGUGGAGGUUUCAUAGCUCCGUUUAUCUACCCUGAACUUGAGUGGGACUUUAGGCUUCCUUUGGUGAAGAGUAUCAAUGUGAGUGGUCAUAAGUAUGGACUGGUCUAUGCUGGUAUUGGUUGGGUCGUGUGGAGGACACAAGCGGAUUUGCCUGAUGAGCUCAUCUUUCAUAUUAACUAUCUUGGUGCUGAUCAACCCACUUUCACUCUCAAUUUCUCUAAGGGAUCGAGUCAAAUUAUUGCUCAAUACUACCAGCUUAUUCGUCUUGGAUUCGAGGGUUACAAGAAUGUGAUGGAGAACUGCAGAGAGAACAUGAUGGUUCUCAAAGAAGGUAUAGAGAAAACAGAGCGUUUCAACAUAGUCUCAAAGGACAUAGGAGUGCCAGUCGUAGCGUUCUCUCUCAAGGACCAUAGUUUCCACAACGAGUUUGAGAUCUCUGAGAUGCUACGUCGUUUUGGCUGGAUUGUCCCGGCUUACACUAUGCCUGCGGAUGCACAACACAUCACGGUUCUCCGUGUUGUCAUUAGGGAAGAUUUCUCAAGAACACUUGCGGAGAGGCUUGUUGCGGAUAUUGUGAAGGUGCUUCAUGAGCUAGAUACCUUGCCUUCCAAGAUUUCCAGGAAGAUGGGAUCAGAGGAUUUUGGAAAUGUGAAAGGGAAGAAGAUGGAGAGGGAGAAGCUGAUGGAAGUUAUUGUUGGGUGGAGGAAGUUUGUGAAGGAUAGGAAGAAGAUGAAUGGUGUGUGUUAAUUGAAGUGUGUUGUGUUAUGUUUGUGGAAUGUGUUGUCGUGUAAUAAAGAGGUAUGUGUAUUGUGUGAGGACUUGGGGUUUGAUGAAACAGCUGUGUGUUGGUGGUAUAUCUAUUUGAGGGAGUAAUUAUGGAUUUUAUAAUCUUUAAAGUUAAUUUGAGCUUUUGUUGUUUGUGAAACAUUGAAAUAGUCAAAAAUUAUUUUCCUUGAUUUAUAAUGCUUCUUUGUUCAGAAGGCGUACUCGUCAUUGAAAUGGUAUUUUGUACAUGAAUUGACAUGGCCAUAUUUUG